ACGGCGUCUCUUCGUUUUCAUCCUCGUCCUUAAAUCGAGACCGACUCCCGUCUGUGGAGCCAAUGACGGCAAUGCUCCUUUGGGAUUAGGCUUCUGGACAGUGCGUGAGCCAAGAGAUCUGCCAAGGCGCUGAGUGAGCAUCCAACCCAACCCAAUCGACGAGACCCCUUUUGGACACGAUCCGGCCGGGCUUCAGCAUACCAUACUGCUUGUUAUUCCGCCGUUGGUCAUUGGCCAAGACACAACUUCAACACCACCGACCCAGGAGAUUGCAGUGUGCACCCAACGGGGGUCACAUGACAUCUUGCCCAAUAUGGCUGCUCCGAUGCGCGCUCCCCUGAUGCGCGUCCCCUACACGGACGUUUUCCCCUCUCCGCGCAUCUUCCCCGUAACAGCCAGCAACUUUCCGGGGGCAGUGGGCGCCCUCGUCGACUUCAUCACGGCGCCGUCUCGUCGGGGCCUGCCUGCCUCUACCGUCUGCCUUUCCGGCGCCGGCCUGUCCGUCGCCUCUGGGCUUGCCGACUACCGAGGAGACAAGGGCACCUAUCGACUCAACAAGACAUACAGGCCCAUAUACUACCACGAGUUCCUGGCUAGCCACGCCGCGAGGCGGAGAUACUGGGCCAGGUCCUUCAUAGGCUGGACCACCCUGCAAAAGGCAAAGCCGAACGUAGCUCAUCGCGCCAUCAGGGACCUUGCGGACCUCGGCGUGAUCUCGUCCAUCGUCACACAAAACGUCGAUUCUUUACACUGGGCUCCAGAUCAGCCCGGGUCCCCCGCGCGGACGCUUGCAACACGGCCGAACAUCGUAGAGCUCCAUGGCUAUCUCAGGACCUUGGUGUGUACGUCGUGCCGCACCGAGUAUCCCAGGGACGACUUCCAAAAGGCCCUGGCCAGGCUGAAUCCUGCGUGGGCGGCAUUCCUCGCCGAGGCUGUCGCUUCGGGGGCGCUGGAGACGGAGAACCCCGACGAAAGACGCGCCAAGGGCAUACGAUCAAACCCAGACGGCGACGUCGACCUGCCCGAGGCUCCAUACUCUACUUUCAGGUACCCUGCCUGCCCCAAAUGCCUCGCAAAUCCCCCGCCUUUAGCAAGCGGGAGCCUCUCAAGGGUCGAGGUCGACGGCGAUGGUGCGUGGGAGCCAGCAAGCAAUGCCGGAAUCCUCAAGCCAGCCGUCAUAAUGUUUGGGGAGAGCAUCUCACCGUCCGUCAAACUCGCCGCCGAAGAGGCCGUGGCCGGCGCCGGCAAGCUCCUGGUGAUCGGCACAUCCCUGGCCACCUACUCGGCCUGGCGCCUUGCUAAAAUGGCCAAGGAUAGGGGGAUGCCGCUUGCAAUCGUGAAUAUUGGGGGUGUGAGAGGGGAAGAUGCAUUCUUUAUAGACAUAGAUGCGCAGCACACAGGGCGCGAUGCCGUCAGAGUAGAGAUCUCUACAGAGGUGAUCCUACCUGCAGUUGUCGAGGCUCUGGGCCGACCAUCAAAAGCCGACGAUGCCCCGUUCGCGGUCAAGGGUCACGGUGCGGCGGCUGUGUUUAAAGAGGUGGUACCGUAGAAGUACUUUCUGUACCGGCGCCAUAUUAUAUUUGAUUUAAUAGAAGUCAGACGUAGCUGCAGCUUUCGGUUUUGUCGGCACCUCUGGGCUCUUCGUUGAUUUUGAGCCUGCCUCUUUGCCUUGGGAUGCACUCCCGUGGUCCGGGCUCUCGCC